GGACAAGUUACUAUGUUUUGAUUUUUAAAAAGAAGAAGACAUUUUAUCGAAAUUGGUUGGUUGUUACAACAUUCCCAAAUAGAAGUUUUUGUGUGGUCGUGGAUUUAAUUUGAUUUAUAUUAACUAAAACAUGUCCAUCUUCAGAUCAUUUAAAAUAAUAAGAGAGAAUUGGAAAAAAUCUACAUUUGCGGUUGUGGUGAUAACAUGGGGCGUGUCAUAUACAAAGAAUUAUUUAAAAACAGACGAAAUUAUGAAGUCAUAUUGUGAGAAAGCAGCACUUUACGGAAAAGGAACGAUUUCUGUCCAAGCUAGUCCACGAAGUAUUACUGUGAUUUUAAAUCCUAACGCCAACAAACGUAAAGCUGCAACGGAAUUUGAAAAAUUUUGCGCUCCCUUGCUUAAUUUGGCUGGCCUAAGCGUUGAAGUUAUUAAAACUGAAUCUGAAGGGCAUGCCAAAAAUCUUAUGGAAACUUUAGGCACUGUAGAUUCAAUUGUUGUUGCAGGGGGUGAUGGUACCCUUUCAGAAGUUGUCACAGGAUUAUUAAGGAGAACAAAUGAAAAUUCUAAAACUUUAAUUCCAUUAGGUGUUCUACCCUUGGGACUGCAUAACACAGUUGGUCGGUCCUUAUUUCCUGGUGAAAAAAAAAUAGGUAAAAUCAAAUCCUUGGCAGAUGCAACAAUGGCUGUCAUAGAAGAGACUAUGAAGCCUAUGGAUGUUAUGAAGAUUGAAAUAUUAAAUGAAGAGGAAAACAAGAAGCCGGUUUAUGCUGUAGCAGAAAUAAAGUGGGGUGCAUACAGAGAUGCUGAAAUGAAAAAGGAGAGAUAUUGGUAUUUUGGUGGGCUCAAAAAAUAUGCCACCUAUUUAUUUAGUGGGCUUAAAAGCAGUUUGACAUGGGAAUGUCAAGCACAGCUUUUGUUUAGUCCUCCUUGUACUGGAUGUUCAAAUUGUCAUAGAAUUCAAAUGUCACAGUUAAAGUCAAAGUGGUUUCAGAGAUACAUGAAAGAGGAUGAAAAUGAACUAAAAUUUAAACAAAUACACAAUCCGCAGUGUCUUCAAAAAAUAGAGAAAGCUAUAUCCACAACUGACUUGACAGUGUUUACUUCGAAUGUUAUUCCAAGCCAAAUAAAAGGUACAGAAGUUCCUAAGUUACAAGUUAACAUUGGUCCAGAGAAGGUGGACUAUUUGGAAUUUGUGAAGCAAGGAUGGAAAUCAGAAUUGGGAGAAACUAGAAAUAUUUGUGAAGCUAUAGAGGCAAGAACGAUUGAAAUUGAUCCAAGUAAUGUUGCAAAAAGUGGUAAUGAAUUGUGGUUUUCUAUUGACAAUGAAGAUUAUGAGGUCAAACCUAUAAGAGUGACUUUGUUACCUGGAAUACUUAAUAUGUAUUGCAAAAAGGAAAUGUUAAAAUAAAUACAUGUAUGGUA